AUGGCCGAGGAUAAGGUCGAAUUGCAACUCGAACCGGCCUCUCAGCCCGAGAAUUGCGAGGUCGGGGAAGCUCAGCAGGUCAAUGAACUGCGCCGUGAUUUGCGACCCAGUCAUGUCUUUAUGUUCUCCAUUGCGUGCUCCAUCGGCACAGGCCUUGUCAUCGGGUCCGGACAGGCGUUGGCCAGGGGUGGUCCCGGCAGCGCCCUGGUUGGAUAUGCGGUCAUCGGCACGGUGGUCUUUUCGGUCAUGACAGCUCUCGGGGAGAUGGCGACGUUUCUGCCGAUGAAUAAAGGAUUCGGGGGCUAUGCCACUCGCAUGGUCGAUCCGGCUCUGGGCUUUGCGACCGGCUGGAACUAUUUCUUCAAAUAUAUCAUCGCAGCGCCAACCAAUCUCACUGCUGCCGGGCUGGUCAUUCAGUACUGGAGACCGGACCUCAACGUGGCCAUCUGUAUUGCUGUCUUCGGCGUCGCCGUGGUCACCGUCAAUCUCUUCAACGUCAGGGUCUUUGGAGAGAUCGAGUUCUGGGCAGGAGGCAUCAAGGUCUGUAUCAUGAUCAUACUGAUCUUGACCUGCUUCGUCGUUGCGGUUGGCGGAGGGCCCAAUCACCACGCAUCGGGGUUUGGGUACUGGAACAGCCCGGGGGCAUUCGCAGAGCAUAUCCUGACCGGUCCCAAAGGGCGCCUUCUGGGGUGGUGGGCGUGUAUGCGUCAGGCCUGCUUUGCAUUCACCGGAACUGAGGUCGUCGGGAUGACAUUUGGCGAGAUGUCGGAUCCUCAGAAGAAUGUCCCUCGUGCUGUCAAGCAGACCUUCUGGCGAAUUUUUACCUUCUAUAUCCUGGGCAUUCUCGUUCUGGGAAUGGCGCUCCCUUACGACAGCAGCGUUCUUCUCAGUGCCACCACAAGCUCGACCAAUGCCGAUGCAAGCCCGUUCGUCGUUGCGAUCAGGAACGCCGGUAUUAAAGUGUUGCCUGAUUUCACCAACGCGUCUCUCUUGGUCUUCACCUUGAGCGCGGCAAGCUCGGAUAUCUACUGCGCAUCGAGAUCACUCUACGGACUCUCUCGCGACCGACAAGCCCCGGCGAUAUUUUCCAAAACAGUCGGAAGAGGGAUUCCGAUCUUUGCAACGUCCAUGUCGGCGGCAUUCAUCGCCCUUGGCUUCAUGAACGCCAGCAAGUCCUCCUCGUCGGUCUUCGAUGACCUGGUCUCGUUGGUGACCGUCUUCGCCGGAUUGAACUGGCUGGCCAUCUUGCUGUCCCAUCUCGGCUUUCGUCGAGGUCUUUCUCGACAAGGCAUCGCAGCGUCAGGGCUUCCGUAUGUUGGAUUCUUGCAGCCGUAUGCCAGCUACUAUGCUCUGGCGGUUACCAUGACGGUGCUCUUUUUCAAUGGGUAUAAUGCAUUCAUACCUCGUUUCACGGCGGACAGUUUCAUUCUGAGCUACCUCGGAAUCCUGUUGUUUGUUCUUAAUACCCUGACGUGGAAGUUCUGGAAGAAGACGAAACGCGUGAGAGGGUCCACGAUGGACUUGCUGACAGGCCGGAGGGUGCCAAUUUAA